ACCCCCUCCGCUAUGGCCGUGAUGUCGAGAGGAUGCGUCGACACCAGCGGACGCCACCGAUGAACGCACGAGUCCGCCGGAGACCCCAAGAAUUCCUCCUCCUACCCACGAGGGGGUCGCCGCAAAUGACGGCCCGACGUGGGGUGCGAGUCCCUGUGCGGGUCGCUGUGGCUUGGCCCACGCUGCCGCUGCUGCCGCUGCUGCUGCUGCUGCUGGGUCUGUGUCUGUGCGGCCCCCGCCGGGCGUUGGCGCAGUACGACGUCUGCAAGAGCACCGUCAGCUGGGACUCGAAGCUGCUGGCGCCCGCCUGGGAGUACUCGGCGUGCCAGCCGCCCACCGCCGACCUGGGCCGCUUCGUGCGCGUCAGCCUCGAGCCGCCCGACAUCACGUGCGGGGACCCUCCCGAGCGCUUCUGCACCCUGGAGAACCCGUACAUGUGCAACAGCGAGUGCGACGCGGCCACGCCCGACCUUGCGCACCCCCCGUCGCUGAUGUUCGACCUCGAGGGCCGCUCGCCGUCCACGUACUGGCAGAGCGCGUCGUGGCGCCGACGCUUCCCCGAGCCGCUGCAGGCCAACCUCACGCUGUCGUGGAACAAGAGCGUGGAGCUCACCGAGGACGUGGUGGUCACGUUCGCGUCGGCGAGGCCCGAGGUAAUGGUGCUGGAGAAGUCUCUGGACUACGGGCGCACGUGGCAGCCGUACCAGUACUACGCCGACGACUGCGUCGACGCGUUCGGCAUGGAGGCGCAAAACAGCCGCGAGCUGCCGCGCUCCGCCGCCCAGCGCGUCAUCUGCACGGAGGAGUACUCGCGCGCGUACGUGUGGGAGGACGCCAAGACGGUGCGCUUCGAGGUGACGGACCGCUACGCGCUGUACGCGGGCGCCGACAUGCAGAACCUGGCGUCGCUCUACGGACGCCUGGACACCAACCGCGGCCUGCGCGACUUCUUCACGCUCACCGACCUGCGCCUGCGGCUGCUGCGCCCGGCGACGGGCGGCGUGGCGGUCGACGCGGCCAACCUCAGCAAGUACUUCUACGCCGUGGCCAACAUCUACGUGCGCGGCAGGUGCAAGUGCAACCUGCACGCCAACACGUGCCUCUUCAACGACGGGCGCCUCGCGUGCGACUGCGAGCACAACACCAUGGGCACCGACUGCAGCCGCUGCAAGAAGGGAUUCCGCGGCGGCGCGUGGAGGCCGGGCUCCUACCUGCCCUACCCGUCGGGCACCGCCAACCCGUGCACCGCUUCCGUGUCCAGCCCCGCGACUGUGCCGAAGCCGGUCAAAGCUUCGGCAGCAGAGGUCACCAAAGUCGUCGCUAAAAACACUUCAAAGCCCCCGCCAAAAACCACGCCAGUGGCCCCCAAGGCCGACCGCGUGUCGGCGAUCCAGCCGGAUCCGGCACCUGCGCCGCCACCGCCGCCACCUCCGGCCGCGGCGCAACCUGCACCACCCGCUCCAGCCCCCAAGCCAAAACCCCCGCCAGCUGCCCCAAAGGCGGACACCCCACGGCCACCCAGCAUCCUGGCGGAGGAGAUGUACGAUGACAACCCAGAGUGCCAGUGCUACGGCCACUCGAACCGCUGCAGCUUCAUCGAGCUGCUGAGCGCGGUGACGUGCGUGAGCUGCAAGCACAACACGCGGGGCCAGCGCUGCCAGUACUGCCGCCCGGGGCACUACCGCAACGCGUCGCUCCCGCUCAGCGACGAGAACGUGUGCAUCGCGUGCGAGUGCAACCCGUUCGGCUCGGCGAGCGAUCGCUGCAACGGCACGGGGCAGUGCGAGUGCAAGGAAGGCGCGAGCGGCCUCAAGUGCGGCGAGUGUCUGGCCGGCUACUACUGGAACCGCGGCUGCCAGCAGAACGCGUGCGACGAGGAGCUGCUGCGCUGCCAGAACGGCGGCGAGUGCCGCGACCGGCAGCGCUGCGCGUGCGCGCCCGGCUACUCGGGCGCGCUCUGCGAGGAGCGCAGCAGCAGCUGCCGCGGCGGCGGCGCCGCUGGCUGCGGCUCGGGAACGACGCCGCGCCCGGACCCCCGCGGGCUCCUGCUAACGCUGCUGCUGGCGACGCUGCUGUUGGUGGUGGUGCGGCCGCUCGAGACGACCCAGGAGCUCGGCCUCUCGCCCGCCGUGUGAGCGUGCGGGAUGAGCCGGCGGCCGGGAUACAGAGUAGAGUCUCCACCGCGAGGGAGAGCCGUGGGUCGGCCGACGGCCUCCGCUGCGCGCGGGAGGCGGCGCGCGUCCUCUGCCGGCCCCGGGGGCCACUCCCGAGGGCCCGCGGGGCGGAAUUCUGCAAGUGGUGCCGAGGUGCUGUGGCCACGACUCGCGAUGAAUAUCACGAUGAUGACGAUGAUAACAACAUCGAUGGAUAAGACAGAGUCUACAGUAAUGGAGGUGAUGUCACCAAUGACGAUGAAACAGUUGAAUCUAUGGCUAUGGUGAUGAUGAUGAUAAGGGCGUUCAUGGUGAUAAUGAAGGAGAUACAAUAUCACGAUGAUGAUGACAGUGAUGAUAAUGCUGAUAACAACAUUGAUGAAAAAGGCAGAGUCUACAGUAAUGGAGGUGAUGUCACCAAUGAUGAUGAAACAGUUGAAUCUAUGGCCAUGGUGAUGGAGAUGAUAAUGGUGUUGAUGGUAAUGAUGAAGGGGAUGGUCCAAGCGCAGUCAAAAUUACUUUAAUGAACAAGAGAUGGGGUUCCUCUCCAUUUAAAGCCCCGAGCUCAGCCAAAGAGCACAGAGUCAUGGUACAGCUGUGAAUGUGAACAUGUGCGAUGAUGAUGGUGAUCGCAGCGGUGAUAAGACUAAUGAGUCACAAAGCCUGUUCAUUCAUUGACCAAAAAUGUUUUCCAAAAAGUUUCUCAAACGCUGCCACUCCGGAUAAAACGUCUGCUCUCCUCAACCUGCAGGUCCACGCAAUGAAUGUUGGGUACACGGCACCACUUCCUGACAUAUCUUCUCUCGUUUCAACUCUUCAUCCCAUCGCAGAGCGAAGUAGCAGGAUGCUCACCACAGUCAAACAACAACUCACGCGUCGUACCAAACGGCAAAUGAAUCACGAGAACAAACAAACAAACAAAACACCCCGAACAAUUACGAUCGUUUCAAUGCCUUCGCAGCUAUCAAUUUGUUUGUGCGCGUGGUACCCACAGCAGCAAUUGUCCCCUACGUGAGUGGGAGCCGCGCCCUGCCCGUGUAAAUAUCUGUACAUCGACCGCGAAACACCGACCAAUGAUGAACUGUCGAGGGCCGCGCGUGCGCUCACGAGCCGCUCCCAGCGUGCCGCACGCGGCGGCCUGGCUUGGAAUCCCUCGAACGCUCCAAAGUCGGCGAGCGAUGCGCUCGAUAAAUCGGCGACGAUGCAACGACGAGGGCCUGCGCUCUGCCCAGCGGCGUGACUUUGGUCGUUGAACGCGCGGUUGGCAUCGACCCUGGUGGAAGGAAUUAAAUGGGGGGGGGAGCGGUGGGGGUGGGGUGCCCCCUCCCUGUCUUAAUGUUCUUCCCGCCCCCCCUCUGGGUUCCUCUGGCUUGUCCGGGAGUCCCGGUGCAGUUGCAGGGCCUGCACACUUGCUGGCUGUGCCGCUGGUUUCACGUCGGCGAUGCAAGAGGAACCGUUCCCUCUGCAAAUGUGUUCCCCCAUUCAUGUUCGUGCCCCCGAGGAUCCAGUAUUUGGGAAGCGGGGAAUGUUGGUUCCCCCUUUGAAUAUAUUUACCCCGUAAAUUUGUUGUAAUGAAUGUUUAAUUGCAUUUGCGAUUACAAACUAAACUUUUAAGACGAUGUUUUCGAACUUUUUCGCGAAACUAGUUGCCUAACUCUAAACCCUAAACCCUCACCUUUAACACUCAUUCAUAACCCUAACCCCUAACUUUGACCCCUUACCCAUAGCUCUUAACCCUUACCCCUAACCUUUAACCUUAUCCUCAACCCUGUCCCUAACACUCUAAACCCUAAUUCUUGAACACUUAUCUGUAACCAUAACCUCAAUCCCAUAACUCCUAACUCCAAGCCCUAACCAUCGAAUCUUAAACCAUUGGCCCGAUUCCAGAGUUACAAAUAAGUAUGGCAGAACUAACGUUCGCUGGUGGGAACACAGUUUGUUGCCAUGGAACUACAAAAUAUCGCGAAAUAGUUGCAUGGUUCAUUUCUUCAGUAAACUAUUUCACCUUGAGGAUGGAACGUCUCGUCAGCCCGGGGGUCCGAUGAGCACGGCUGGCUACGUACGGUGCGAUAGAAGUUCAAAGACAAAGAUCACCCGUAUAGCCUACACGGGCUGUCCAGGUAUGUCAAGUACCAAGAGCAGACACUGAAAAGACCCGCGCGCGCACACAUAGCCUGGUGAAGCGUAAACCUUCGGGGGAGCCAAUAAACAGGUCAUUCAGACGGCGAUACCUAAGUGCGCGUCCCUCUUGCGGAGUGUUCCAUGUGCAAUGCUGGUGGCCAGUAGCGCAACGAGCGUGGGGGUGCCUUGCCCCCCCCCCCCCCUUUGCGGCCAAAGCUACGAGUUUGGGCCCUCUUGCCAACCACGAUGAGAUUUGUUUUCAACAGUUUUCGGGGCCCCAUCCGUCCGGUUUCCACGCCCUCUGAGCUGUUAAUGUUGCGACGACGCCACUUCUGGUGGUGGCUCACGACUGCAGGUGCGGAAGGCUACAAAAAUCCACCUCGAGUGGGGGGUCGAUCCGGGUCUGCGUUAAGAGUGAGUUGUAGAUUCUACCCACGCAUUGAGUGAUCACGGACGCCAUCCUCCGGCGGACAUGUGGCGAUCUUAGAGGGCCUGCCGUGCGUGCAGCUCACGCGGCUUGCCAGGGGAACUGGUGGAGUGGGAUUGCAGCACCGGUGCAUCAUCAUCAUCAUCACGACCAUAUUCGUCACGAUCAUCAUGAUUAUUAUCAUCACCAUCAUAGCCAUCAUCACCACCACUAUCAUCAUUACCCCCAUCGCCAUCAUCAACACCGUCACGAUCAUAACCAGCAUCAUCGCCAUCAUUUUCAUCACCGCCAUCAUCACCAUCAUUACCAAUUUUUGUUCCAUCACCGCCACAAGCUGCCUUCCCGUUCUACACAUCACCUCGCCCAACCUGGACGCAUCACCUCCGCCACUGAGAGACCCCGAUUAGUCGCAGGGCUGCCACCACAUCUCGCACCACCCCCCACUCCGCCCAACAUUGACGCACUCCUCGCCUCCCCGUUCAGCCCCUGCGACGCGUUUCCUCCGGGUCGUGCCCCCGUCGUGGUGUCGAUUGUGGUUGUUCGGCUGCGACGUCCGACGUUCCAUUUUCGCGGCCGCGCGCAGGAAGCAUCUUUGAGGUUUUUUUCUCUACCGAAGAGCAGCAAAGCCCGGAACGAAGACUCAGCGAAGAGCAAACAAGGCAACUGCACGCCGUGGCUUUGUCGCUCAAUCGGCCCCAGGGCUCCCCCCCCCCCCUUCAACGCCGCAAGUGGCCACACAUUCUAGAACGUCUGAGACACUUGGUGCAUCGGUGCAGAGGAAUGGGCUCACUCGCGACAAUUAAUCGCCUGUUUAUUUAUUUAUUUUAUUUUCAUGUUAACGACGCAAGAAGGAGCCGUGCCAAUUUACAAUGACCGAGCGGGUGUGUACAAGUGUAUCAUGUUAAUCAUAUUGAUUACUGUUGUAACUGUGCAAAGUACAAAUGAGCUCAUUAAUCAGGGGGGUUGGGAGCAGAAGGGAGGCGGUAAGUUGCGUGCGUAAGGAAAAACAAAGAAACAUUAAAGAGCGCAUGGAAGAACACGCAAGUAUUUGUAGGCGACCAUGUAGGAAGGUCGCGCGCGGUGGAGUCAAGUGUGGAUGGUCCCAGUGCUGUCAAGGACCGUCUGGCCGAGCGUGGAAGAGUAGGCCCAGCAUGGCCUCUUCGAUUAACUUCCUCUACAGCUCAAUCGAUAGUCGAAGACCCUUCUGCCGGCGGACAAUCGGCACGGCUGCGCCCCCCUUACCUCCAACGACUCGCGUUGAGAAACGAUCAGUGUCCACGCAGCCUUUGCCGUGUAAAUAAAAUAAAACACGCGACUUUUUGCCCGGCCUUUUAUCGAGCCGCGAAUUGAAAUCGUUACUGCCGACGCCGGAGUUUUACGACUCCAGGCUUUCAUCCAACCUCUUUGGGGAUUCGCAAAACGAGCGCGAGCGUCGUUGAGUUGCGAUCGAGAGCGUGCGGGCGAGCGGGUCGGCGAGCGGGUCGGCGAGCGUCGUGAAAUCCCCACGCGGAGCUGCGAUCAGUUCUCGCGCAGAAUCUCAACGUUGCUGCGUCUCACGACAGCUCGUUACAAUUCACGAGCCCGAAGGGCCAAAUGACCACUUUGACGACGGUUCAAUGUUUUACCACGUUCUGUUUUUUUUAUAUAUAAGUGCCCUCAUCCAGCAGUGGAUUGACAGCGGGGCUUGCACGUGGAUGUGUGAGUUACCGACAUGGGGGAGGGGAUCACAACAACGAAUGUGUCUGGGAAAUUUUGUCCGGAUGGAAAUCUGAUCCCAAAGUGGUCUCAUUCGUCAAAGGGGGACGGACAUUGAACGUAACUUAUCUCUGCUGCUGAUGAAUAUUCCACAUUCCUAUGUGGGACGCAAGUUUAUCCAUGGGACUUUCCACAAUGCGGUACCUGUUUUAUCCACCCACGAGAAUGACGGGCCGCGUUGACUUGCAGCCAGGAUUUUGAACUCGCACAAAGCUUCUGGUUAUUUUUCUCGUCUACAAUUAGCCUCAUCAUAAUUAAAUUUUCGUCUCCUGUUUGACCAAA